AUGGAGGAUCAUCGUUUUUACAGGGGCCUCGCCUCUGAACAAGAGGGGAUAGCAGUUUCUGCAGUUGCUUUGCAGGAUCAUAUAAUACACAGUCAUCAGCUCCAAGGUCUUUCGUUAGCAGAUCCUUUUAAGUCAAGGAACAUCAGGAACAUUUACAGACUUGUGAACAAAGAGACGGUCAAAGCAGUGGUAGAUACUGGGCUACGAAAAAAGAGCACUCACCAGAAGAAUAAAGAAGAUGAGGAAAAGGAGUAUGUUCUUGAUCCCAAUCCUCCACGGCUAACCUUAGCUCAGAAAUUAGGACUAGUUGAGCCCCCUUCCCUUCCGCUAACUGCUGAAGAAUGGGCAAAAAUAAAGCAGAGAUCCAUACAGCAUGGAGAUUCCAUCCAGCCCUGUGCAAUAUGCAGGGAAGAGUUUGCACUUCAGCCUCAGGUGUUGCUUUCAUGUUCCCAUGUAUUCCAUAAAGCAUGUCUGAAAGCCUUUGAAAAAUUUACGGGCAAAAAGUCCUGUCCUAUGUGCAGGAAAAAGCAGUACCAGACCAGAGUGAUACAUGACGGGGCCCGCUUGUAUAAAAUAAAGUGUGCAGUCAGAAUUCAAGCCUCCUGGAGGGGAUACGUUGUUAGAAAAUGGUAUAAAAACUUGAGAAAAACAGUGCCUCCUAAAGACAGCAAACUAAGGAAACAGUUUUUUGAGGAAAAGGUUCAACAGAUUAGCAGUCGGCUCCUGAGUUCUUAUGACAUAAACCUGGAUGAUUUUCUUUACAAGAUAGAUUCUUCUAUAGCUGCAUGUCGGGAUGCAUUUCAGCAGCUGGAAGGAAAAGAAAUACUCCUCAGUGAAAAUGACUGGGAGAGGAUCCAGAUGCAGGCAUUUCGGCAGGAGAUAGCUGACUGUCCUAUCUGUAUCACGCCACUCAGCCCUCCUGCUCACCCUGCCUGUGUUUUUUCUGGUACCAGCAAUCCGUUCUCCCGACAGACCGUUCUGCUUUCUUGUUCACAUUUGUUUCACCAUUCCUGUCUUGAAGCGUUUGAAGAGUUUUCCUUGGGAGUGCAACCUAUUUGCCCUUUGUGCCGCUCAUAUUAUCAAAAGAAGGUCCUCAAGUGUUGACACCCACAGCUCAGUGAAGUACCUCCCAGCAGAGCACGGCUGACAAUGCACAUGCAUGUUUCUAACUUGGGAACCUCUUAAGAUCCAGAUCUUUUAAGUAAUUUUUUUUUAAAUGUACCAUGGCAUUCACCUUGUCUUUGGAGAAAUAAAAGUUGAGUGCUGUUGCUCUACUUUAACAGUCAGUUUCACCUUUCUCGGCAUUUUUUGUCUCCAUCCCUCUGGCACUUUCAACUUCCCUCAUUUUCAUCUCUCUCUCCCAGCGAUGAGGCACAGUGCAUUUAGGCAUUGUGUUCCUUCAGCAGAACCCCCAUUAUCCUUUACCAUUCUGGUUUUAUGCCUGAUACGUGGUAGCACAGGCUCCCAUUCACAAGAAAACCACUACGGUCACUGGGGUCACUGCAAGAAACACAUUUUCCUUCAGCCAAGCUUGCCAACCAGAACCCCAGCUCCUGCUUCUGCUUGAACAACUGUGACCAAUCCCAGUUCGCUGUUUGCAAAUAAGAAAUGACCCUCAAAGCCCAAGGAUCACUUCAGAACUUCUUAGAACUAAGGAACCAGUAAGUACUCAUCUAUUUUAGCAGGAAUAAAAAUAUGGUUAUGAAUUUUCAGCUGUACGUUGCUGAAACCAAUUCAGGUCACCACGUGUAACUUGCAAGUCUAAGCACAAAGACCAUUCCACAGAAGCGAAUCAUAAAAGUAACAAGAAAGAUCAUUUUGCACAAAAAGGCAAUGAAUGGCUGAUUAACUAUUCAAAUGGAGAGCUUUCAAAUAACGCUGACAAGAUCAGAUUGUGUCAAGCAUCAAGUGAGGCAGACAUCACAUGCAUUUAAAGACUUGAGCUAGAAUAGAUCAAUAUCCUGCUAGGAGUUCCUUAGGUAAGAGGUUUCUACAGAGGACAGCAUCAAACUGCUGAGAGAACUAGGGAAGUCACUUGUUGAAUAGAAGACAAAGGGAAAUACAGUCUUUGAACCUUGGAAAUGCUCACACAAGCAGAAGAGUUGUCUUGCUUACUGUGGACACCUGAGAACCAAAUUAAAGCUUUGCAAGGCUUUGCAAAGCUUGCAAACGUUGCAAGGACCUCUUACACUUCAUAUUUAGGGAAUCUUGGACAAUUAAACAACAAUAUAUUGUCAGAAGUCACAGAUAUUCCUGGUAUUUAACCUGCAUCUUAGGGACUAACAUAGGUAUUUUUGAUCCUGUGCAGUCGAAUGGCUCAGGUGUCUGCAGGUCCUUUCCAAAUGUACAAUUCUUGGACUUCUUUUAAAGAAAACACUGCAGUCUCCAGUGAGAGUUUCAAAGAGUUUAAGAACCGUCACAUUAUUAAAGAAAUUAAGAAUUGCACUUCAGUCGUACUGUUAACAUCACACAAUCUGGAUACUUUUCCAUGAACAAUCCUCACUUCCUUGGAGUGCUGGAAUUCAUCACAUCCUUGUUUUAAGAGCAGGGCUGUCAUUCCUCUGAGUGUACACGAUAUGUGGUAUGUGAUGGAGAUUCAUGUAAUUUUUUGUAAGAGAAUCCCCAAAAUACAUUAAAUGCAGGAGGGAUGGAAGGGAAUGCAGCUACUCACACCAACUACUCACAGAACCAUUCAGAAUGCUUGGGAUGCCACAGAUCUUUCUCAUGGCUUUAAAUAAUAGAAUCAAAACCCCAUUAUGAAUCACACUUUAUUGAAAACACAGUAAAAAAGAAAAAAAAAAAAAAAAGCUUCUUCCUACAAAA